GAUCCAUCACUCUGACUGGGCCUCUGCUGUGUAUGGCUAGUGGCUCCCGGCGCUGUGUAAUGUGUAUUGUGUAAGGCUUGGACGGCCCGUUGUGCCCACCCCAAUCACCACGCGCCUCUGUGGUGUUGUUUUUUCUUCCACCGACAUGCCUCGUCUGGGCGUGUCGGGUUCAAAGGGCGCACGCUGUGGUCUGUAUAUAAGGCCAUGUUCCCACCGGUCGGCACUCUCAGUCGCCACCAUGAAGCUGCUGCUGAUCGCCUGCGUGUGCGCCCUGGCCGCGGCCGAGCAGCCGCAGCAGACCGUUCCGACGGCCGCUCAGCUGACGGUCGGCCUGACGCACCUGUACCGGCGCUUCCUGCACGCCGUCGCCCCCCGGCAGCUCGAGCUGCAGGAUGCGCUCGACAUCCAGUGGCGUAACGGCAUGAUGGCCGGCCCGCCGUUCCGCUCCCCGGUCCAGGCUACCUUUGGCGGUGUUGAGGCGCCGACCUUCUCCUUCGUGAACAGCAUGAUCACCCCCGGCCAGAAGGGCUUCUUCGGCAAGUGGAGCAAGCACGACACCUCGGAUCUGCUCAUGACCUACAACCGCGGCAGCCUGACCAAGAUCCACAUGCUGACCGACGGCGGCAUCCACAAGGAGGUGGUGCUUGGCAACCCUCUGCACAAGCACGGCGCCAAGUUUGCCGUCAUGAUCCCCAAGGGCACCUACUGCAUCUUCGAGUCGCUCUCUGAGGACGAUGCCGCCUUCGUCACCUACGUCGCUAUCCCCGCCUGGAACCCGGCCAACUCGCACAACUACUCCCAGAAGGAGAUGGAGGCCAAGUUCCCCGACUUCAGCAACAUGUUCCACGAGCUCUCCAAGCCUGGCGUGCACGAGCACGAGCACGGCGACGAGGAUUACGAUCACGAGCACGACGAGCACGACCACGACGACCACGACGAGCACGACCACGGCCCCCAGCGCCGCCGCCUCCGCCGCUUCCGCGGCCGUGGCCGCCGCUUCGGCGGACGCCACUAAACGCCCGCUGCCGAGACUCUGAGGCAGCACGGUCAUCGACCGACGCAGGGCACUGGCGGACGGAACGAAGCCAUGCUCAAAGCAAGUCACUUUGAAGUUGUUUUACAAUAUGACGCGAUGUACAUCCCAUCAUCGUUCCUUGUGCAAUACAAUUAUAAUUGUUUGACCACGAA